GACUUAGAACCUAUUCUGUAUUUCAAAAAUGAAUUAAAUCAGGUCUGUCAUGGUUUAAUUUAUAUUAACUGAUUUGUGAUUUUGUUCACAUUUAGGUUUUUCUUUUCCUUUUAUGCUAAUAUUUCACCAUUCCAUGCAUGAAAUAAAGAUGUGUUGUGCCAAUCUGAAUUAAACCUUUGAAUUGAAACAGAAAUAAUGUAACUAAUAAUAACUAAUGAUGUUUUAAUGCCUUGGCCUUUUGUUUAUCAUGCACGGAAAAUGCGGGCAAAUUUUUAGCAAUAGCCAAAAAUACACUGUAAAGGCCAAAAUUAUUGAGUUUUCUUUUAUGCCAAAAAUCAUUAAGAUAUUAAGUAAAGAUCAUGUUCCCUGCAGAUAUUUAGUAAAUUUACUACUGUAAAUAUAUCAAAAUUUCAAUUUUGAUUAGUAACAUGUAUUGCUAAGAACUUCAUUUGGACAAAUGUAGAUGCGAUUUUCUCAAUAUUUUGACUUUUUUGCACCCUCAGAUUCCAGAUUUUCAAAUAGUUGUAUCUCAACCAAAUAUUGUCCUAUCCUAACAAACCAUAUAAAUGGAAAGCUUAUUUAUUCAGCUUACAAAUUAUAUAUAAAUCUCAAUUUUAAAAAAUUGACCCUUAUGAAUGGUUUUGGUCACAUAUAUUAUAGUGCUGAUAUGAAGUAUUGGCCAUUUAAGUAUCUUCAGCGCACUUAUCUAGUCUACACCCAGGUAAAUUACAUGACAAAAUUCUCUAUGGUAGCUCAUUAACUAGGGCUUUGCACGUAAAUGCCCUUUACCCUGUUAAAGAUGGUUAAAUGAGCCUAUCAGCAUGCACAACGAGACCAAGGAAGAGUAAUUCUUUGUAGUUUUGUGACUUAUGCUUCACUCAAGCCUGACCUGGUAAUGGUUUUGCAUGCUGCAUAUUUAUGGAUUUGAACUUCAGCUAGUAAACACAAACCAGGAACUAUGAACGGACAGGUUUUUCAGGUGCUUGGGCCAAUCGUGCUAACCAUUCUGCUGACGAAUGUCCCAGCUGUUCAGAGCGGGAAUGUUCUUGUAUUUCCUGUGGAUGGCAGUCACUGGGUCAACAUGAACAUCUUGGUGGAAGCGCUUCAUGCCAAAGGUCACAAUAUUACAGUCAUCCGGGCAGCAGACAGCUGGUACAUCAAAGAAUUCUCACCCCACUACACGUCAAUCACUCUCAAGUCUGAAGGAGGAUUUGGUGAAGAAUUCCUUGACAUGUUUGUAUCAAGACUUUUAGGAAUUCUGAGGGACGGUUCCUCGUGGGCUCGUCUGAUGCUGGAGAUAGAGAUGUGGCAAAGUUCUGUGGAGAUGGUUAAAAUCGAAAGUGAAGCAAUAGUCAGAAUGCUUGAAGACCAGCAACUAAUGCAGUCCUUAAAAGACGCCAAGUAUGAUUUGAUGCUUACAGAUCCGGCCAUGUUCGGAGGGAUUAUACUGGGUCACUAUCUCAAACUGCCCAUUGUCCACAAUGUCCGAUGGACAGUGUACAAUGAGGUUCAUUUUUUAUUAGCUCCUUCGCCACUUUCAUAUGUACCGUUUCCAAUGCUUAAGUUAUCAGACCGCAUGAGUUUCUUGGAAAGAGUGAAGAAUGUAGUGAUGUUCACUGUAACUGAAAUACUGGUUGCUCUCUUGAUGACUCCAAUUAAUGAUCCAAUUUGCGAAAGGUUCAUUGGUCCAGGAGCGUCCUACUUUUCUUUAACUCAGAGUGCUGAUCUGUGGCUCCAUAGAGUUGACUUUAUUUUUGAAUUCCCACGUCCCACUAUGCCAAACAUCAUCUACAUGGGAGGUUUUCAGUGCAAGCCAUCAAAGCCUCUUCCGCAAGACCUGGAGGACUUUGUGCAGAGCUCUGGUGAUCAUGGUGUCAUCAUCAUGUCUCUGGGCACUCUCAUUGGUCAGCUUCCUGAUGAUGUGGCUGAGGCGAUUGCUGAAGCUUUUGCAGAACUUCCACAGAAGAUCAUCUGGAGGUACAAAGGAAGGAGGCCAUCUGCACUAGGAAACAACACCUUAAUUUUGGACUGGAUGCCUCAGAAUGAUCUUCUGGGUCAUCCUAAGACAAGAGCCUUUGUGGCACAUGGAGGAACCAAUGGGAUUCAAGAAGCCAUUUACCACGGGGUACCAAUCAUUGGACUUGGGCUGAUUUUUGACCAGCCUGAUAAUCUUCAUAAGAUGAAAGUACGGGGUGUAGCCAAGAUUGUAGACUUUGCCACAGUGGAUAAGGACUCCUUCCUCAAAACUGUCAAAGAGGUCCUUUAUGAUCCCUCUUAUCGGGAGAACAUGCAGAGGCUCUCAAAGCUUCACAAGGAUGUUCCAGUGAAACCUCUGGACAAUGCCAUCUUCUGGAUUGAGUUUGUUAUGAGGCACAAAGGUGCCGCUCACUUGAACACAGAGUCUUACAAGAUGCCCUGGUACUCGUAUCACUCUGUUGAUGUCAUACUAUUCCUGAUUUCUGCUGUGUCACUCAUAUUCCUGAGCAUAUAUGCAGUAAUCAGAUAUUUCUGCUGCAGAAUAUGCAUGAGAAAAACAAAAAACAAACUUGAAUGACUUGUUUUUUUUUAGUGUUAUUAUUUAAUUUUUGCAAAUUAAAUUAAUUUAAUUUAAUUUAACUAUAUAUGAUUUCAAUUUGGUGCAUUACACACUACAAAUCCUGUAACAAGUCUGUACUUUAUGUAUCUUUUCAGCUGAGGUGCAUUGGUACAGUUUGGAUGUUUACAUCUCUCUUAGAAGGAAAACCUGAUCAAUAUACAUAUCAUUUCUGUACAUACAGAGUGCAAUAAACAAGAAAAACAUCUGUAGUUUUGGUUGUCCUGUCAAGUCGUAUGCAUUAUCUCAAUCCAAAAAUAACGACCACAUACUGUAUAUACAGUGUGCCUUAAAUGAUAAUUCAGCACUUUAAAAAAUACUAAUAAACAGUAAUGUAAAUGUAUAUAAUGUUGUGGUACUGUAUAGUAGUACACACUAUUCAUGGUAGCAAUAUUUAAAGUUAAACUAACUUGAAUUCAUUAUACUUCAUAAUUUUAGACUUGGAUUAAUCCAAGAGUAUUGAAUAAAAAGUAAGUUAUUGAUGUUGUUGUUAAAGGUUAAUAAGGCAUACGCAAGGUGUAAUCCAACCAAAACCUCAUGUGAUGCCAACACCCAAACAGUAAUGAAUAGUAGCUCAUUAACUAGAUCUUUGAAUGUAAAAGACCCUUUAUAGAUUAUGGAAUGAACCUUCACUCACUUAUAAAUAUAUGUUGCCAUGCAAAUCAAGGACAAAGGAGAGUAUGCUGUGCUUAGUCUGCUUACAUGCACUUCAUUCACAAAAGAUGGUAAAGUUUCUACUAUACUCAUGGGUGACAGGGGGUGGGCUGUUUUGUCUCUCUUAACUUUAUUAUUGGACUAUGUAUUGUGAUGCAUGUUUAUUUUUAUAACUGUGCAAAAUUGGCAAAA